AAAAAAAAAAAGGCAAUUUGAUUUACCUUUUCUUCUUCUCUGAUCAAAAUCAAAAUGUGUUCGAUUCUCUCACAACAGUAGGUAGUAGUAAACCCUAAAAACUGAAAUUCAAAAUUCAGAAAGCGAAGGGGAUCUACAAGAAAGAAGCAUGACGACCGGAGAUCUCGUGAAUAUCCAUCCUACUGAGCUUAAAUUCCCUUUUGAGUUGAAGAAGCAGAGUUCGUGUUCGAUGCAAUUGACCAACAAGACAACUACUCAUUGUGUCGCUUUUAAGGUUAAAACUACCAAUCCUCGCAAAUACUGUGUCCGUCCUAACACCGGUGUUGUCUUGCCUGGCGAUUCCUGCAAUGUUACAGUGACCAUGCAAGCCCAGAAAGAGGCUCCUCUUGAUAUGCAAUGCAAAGACAAGUUCCUUGUUCAGACUGUUGUUGUCUCUGAUGGUACUUCUUCCAAAGAAGUCCUCGCUGAAAUGUUCAACAAGGAGGCUGGUAGAGUGAUUGAGGAUUUCAAAUUGCGCGUUGUUUACAUCCCUGCUAAUCCCCCUUCACCCGUCCCUGAAGGAUCUGAAGAAGGCAACUCUCCUAUGGCUUCCCUCAACGAGAUUGGCUCUCAAACUGCCUCACUAUUUGAUGACGUGUCCAGAACCUUUGAAGAAACAAAUGAGAAAUCUUCAGAGGCGUGGUCUAUGAUUUCCAAAUUGACGGAGGAGAAGACUUCUGCUACUCAACAAAGUCAGAAGCUCCGACUGGAACUGGAGAUGCUGAGGAAAGAAUCAAGCAAGAAGCAGUCAGGUGGUCAUUCCUUGGUGUUGAUGUUGUUGGUGGGUCUGCUCGGUUGCGUGAUUGGCUACAUAUUGAACCGGAUGUAAACGCCAUGGGUUUAGCUUCAUCAUCCUUUUAAUCAUCAAAUCUUGCAAAGUUCUAAACCUUUUUCUUUCAACAAAAAGUAUUUUUCACCAGAUUUUCGUAAAAUGGAGGCGGGUGAUUUUCAUUUUAAGCUGUAAAAUCAGUAGCUGUAGCACAGGAACAACGGGGUGAUUUUGUGGCAGGCUUCUUGUUAUUGAUUUGAACACACUUCUUUUGAGUCUGUAGUAAGAUCUCAAGAGUCGGUGCUUUUGAUUGGAACUAAAACAAACUGAUUAAGAAAACAAAGAAUGUUGUUGGAAAUAAGAAGACAAACUCAUCAUAA